AUGCCACAAAUUAGUCGAGAUGAAAGUGAUGCAAUUCGAAGAAUAGUUGAUGAAUUAAUAGAAAAUUUUGUUGAUAUGAAAGAACGAGGAAAUCAAGAUGAAACUAUAUCUCGGUUUAUUAACGAUUUUAUAAUUGAUAAUAAACGUCAACCUUAUCAAAUUUACGAUUGGUUAUUAAAUAAUCAAAAUACUCCACAAUACAUAACAUUACUUGGAUAUUUUUAUUUUGAUGCGAUUGGAACUGAAGAAGAUUUAAAAAAAUGUUUUAGUUUAUUUCUUACUGCUGCAAAGAUGGAUUAUUCAAUAGCUCAAGAUUUACUUGCUGAUUGUUAUAAUUAUGGAUUUGGAACUCCGAGAAAUGAGGAUUUAAGUUUUAUGUGGUAUAAAAAAGCUGUCGAAAGUGGAAGUGUGAAUGCUGAAAAUGGUCUUGCUGGAUGUUAUAAAACUGGAUUUGGAACAAAGAAAGAUAAAUCAAAAACUGCUUUACAUUAUAAAAAUGCUACAAAGAAAGGAAAUUGUACUGCAAUGUUGUAUUUGGGUUGGUGUUAUGAAAAGGGAUUCGGUUUAGUAAAAGAUUAUGAUCAAUCAAUGAGUUUAUAUGAAAAAGCUGAUAAAAAUGGAAAUUUAUUAGCAUUUUACUCCUUGGAUAAGUUACAAAGAAAGGUUAAUAAGACUGCGUCACAACCACCAUCUGAACCUUCUGUAUCAUCCCCACAAUCGGAUUCUCAGGAGGAAACAGAUUCUGUUUCAUCACAGGAAGAAACAAAUAUGCAUUCAUCUCAAAAAGAAGAUGAGCAGGAAGUAGAAGUAGUCAAAUUAAUUGUUACAGAUCAGUUGACAUUCAAGCAGGAGGAACACUUUGAUGAAUCUUUUAAUAAUGAUGAAAAAUAA